AUGCCAAUUCAACUCGGAUUGCAGCGUAUGCGUCUGCUCUUACAACACUUGGGAAAUCCUCAAGAGACUUUUUGUGCCAUUCAAGUUGCUGGAACCAAUGGGAAAGGAAGUGUCUGCAGUUACAUAUAUACUACUCUGUUACAAGCGGCCAUAAAAACUGGUCGAUAUACUAGCCCACACUUUAUCGAGCCUAGGGACACCAUUCACAUGAACGGUCAAGCUGCAAGCAAGGAAAUGUUCGAAACUUGUCGGAAGCGGGUCAUGGAUAUCGAUAAACGGUUUGGUACGAACGCAACCGAAUUUGAGCUAUUGACAGCUACCGCGUUUGAAUGUUUUUGCGAAGCGGGUGUACGGGUUGCUGUAAUUGAAACGGGUUUAGGUGGUAGAUUGGAUGCCACAAAUGUGUUUGAUUCCCCUUUAUUAUCUGUUAUUUGUCGAAUCGGAAAGGAUCAUGAAGCUUUUCUUGGGAAUACGUUGGAAGCCAUAGCUCGUGAAAAAGGAGGAAUUUUCCACAAGAAUGUCCCAUGUAUAAUUGAUUCAACAAACAAACCGAAGGUAAUUCAAACACUGAAAGAAGUUGCUCAAGAAGUUCAUGCCGGACCUGUUUAUUUAGCGUCAGCAAAAGAGACAAAUCAGGCUCAAACUUGGAGUGUUACGAGCCCCUCUUGGGGAACAAAUGAUUAUCAAACUUCUUUGAAUGGAUCAUAUCAAGGUGGAAAUGUGGCUUGUGGUGUAUAUGCUUUGGAUGUGCUAACAUCUUCAUUCCCGUUGAUGAUUCCUCAUGCCCAAAAUGGUAUCAAAAACACCAUAUGGCCUGGAAGAUUGGAUUUUCGAGAUAUUUCUGGAAUCGGAAAGGUAUUGUUUGAUGGAGCCCAUAAUCAGGAUGCUGCUUUAGAACUGGCUAAGUUCGUAAAUCUUCAACGAGAAAAAAAUGCCAACAAGUCUGUCUCUUGGAUGGUAGCUUUUACUGGAAGCAAAGAUGCGAAUGGAAUUUUAGAGUCUUUGGUUCAACCGGGAGAUACGGUGUAUAUCACUCAGUUUUCCCCAGUAGAAGGGAUGCCUUGGAUCCAGUCGAUGGAUUCUAAAGUGAUACAAGAAUAUCUCUCCAAAAGACAAGUUCAAACUGUACUUGUCAAUGAGAGAAACAGAAGAAACGCUUUGAUAUCUGCUGGUACUGAAAAUCCAUUGACGGUUGUUUGUGGAAGUCUAUAUUUGCUCGGUGACAUGUACAAAACUCUUCAUUUAGAGUGA